CUAACGAAGAGUUGAAUCCCUGUAUGGUGAGCAAGUGUUUACAAAUUUGUAUACAGUGUUGGCUACUCGAGACAUUUAACCUCGAAUAUUUUUUCGGUGUAUUUCAUGCAAAAUUCGCAGUCGCACCGAGCGAAUGAUGAGCAACAAGGAGGAGACGGUUAGAGUGAAGGAAGAGCCGAAAGAUACUUGGUCAGUGACUGACGACGAUCAUGUUUUUGAUUCAGAGGUUUCUGGCGAAGUCAAAUACUUUGAAGCAUUCCCAUUUAAUGUAUCACCAGCAAAUCACAUGAAUGAGGAUAUGUCACUAGAGGAAAAAUUGGAUGAAGAAAUAUUCAUAGAUUGUGAGUGCAAAGACGUAAAACUAGAACCAAAGCCUCUAUCGACAAUCAUUUCCAAAACUGAACAUCAGAGUUACCUACCUAUUAUAAAAACAGAAAACCAAAUUCAGAAAAAUUACUGGAAUGAAAAAAGACUUACAGUUUUAAUAAAGAAAGAAUUCGAUUACGAAAAUAGGCGGCCAUUUCAAGAAAAGCCCCGAUUGAAAGUUGAUAGAUCAAAGGAAAUGAAAAUAUUCGUAAAAAAUGCUGAAACUAAAUUACCUAAUGAAAAUAAAAAGUGCAUAAAAACUUAUAAAGGCAAAGUAAUUCCAAAAAGACAAAUCAAUGUAGCAUACAAGAGCAUUACAUGCGAGAUUUUUCACAAAUCAUUUAGCCGUAAGCAUCAUCGAAAAAAUCAGAUAUAUGCAGUACAAACUCUUAGCGCAUUAUUCCAAUGUGAUAUUUGUCACAAAUCGUUUGGACGAAAAAGUCACCUCAAGCGGCACGUAAGUGUGGUACAUAAUCAGAGCAAACCCUUCGAGUGUGAUAUUUGUCACAAAUCAUUUGGACAAAAAAGUUACAUAAAUAGGCACAUAAGUACAGUACAUAAUCAGAGCAAACCCUUCGAGUGUGAGAUUUGUCACAAAUCAUUUGGAGAAAAGGGUAACUUCAAUACACACAUAAGUACAGUACAUAAACAGAGCAAACCCUUGGAUUGUGAGAUUUGUCACAAAUCAUUUGGAUACCAGCAUAAUCUUAAAAGGCACCAGCUGACGGUACAUAAUCGUAGCAAACUCUUUGAAUGUGAGAUUUGUCACAAAUCAUUUGGACAAAAAGCCAACCUCACUAAACACAUAAAUACAGUACACGAUAAGAGAAAACGUUUUAAAUGUUAGAUUUGUUACAAAUCAUUUUCAACCAGAAAGUAAAUCAAUCAACACAUAAGUGCAGCACAUGAUCGUAACAAACUUUCGAAUGUGAAAUUUGUCACAAAUCAUUUUCACAAAAAGGCAACCUCAACACGUAAGUGCAGUACACGAUAAAAACAAACCAUAGGAUUGCAUGAUUAAUGUGGAGACAUUUUGAAGCUAUGAAAACUUCUGCAAUCAAACGUGUACAUUAUGUAAUUUUAGACAACUUUUUACACGAAUAUUUUUCGUUUUUUGUAAAAUAAUAAAGUAUUUUUAAGUGUCAUUUCAUUUUAUCGUAAUGAAAAAUCUUCUCCUCGCCUUUAUACACGAAUUCAAAUAUUAGUAAGGUUUUGUCUUUAAUUUAUUAUUGUAAUUAUCGCUCUUAAACGAAUAUUUCAACUUCAGAUUUAUUAGUUGAAGCUUGUCCCAUUAAAUGCAUGCUUCAUAUUGGUAUACCAGUCCAAUUUUUCGCCUAAAAACGAAAAUUUACAUCACCAAUCUCCACAAUUUAUUUCCAUAAUCGCUGAAAAUAUAAUAACGUCAAUGGAUUAAUA